AUGGAGAAAGUGGCGAUCUCCAUUUCAGGAGGAGAGAGCUGCGAGGAGUGUGCUACAUUAUUUUCCCUUUCUGUGUUUCAACAGGCCUUGAACAGGGGCAUCGCUGCUGUCAAGGAGGAUGCCGUGGAAAUGCUGGCCAGCUACGGGCUGGCGUACUCCUUGAUGAAGUUCUUCACGGGUCCGAUGAGUGACUUCAAAAACGUAGGUCUGGUGUUUGUGAACAGCAAGCGAGACAGGACCAAAGCGGUUUUGUGCAUGGUUGUGGCUGGCGCUGUAGCUGCUGUAUUUCAUACCUUAAUAGCAUAUAGUGAUUUGGGGUAUUACAUUAUUAAUAAGCUGCACCAUGUGGAUGAAUCAGUGGGAAGUAAAACUCGGAGGGCCUUCCUUUAUCUUGCUGCCUUCCCUUUUAUGGAUGCCAUGGCAUGGACCCAUGCUGGGAUUCUGCUGAAACACAAGUACAGUUUCCUAGUGGGAUGUGCCUCCAUCUCAGAUGUCAUAGCUCAGGUUGUUUUUGUAGCCAUUUUGCUUCACAGUCACUUGGAGUGCAGGGAGCCUCUCUUGAUCCCAAUCUUGUCCUUAUACAUGGGAGCACUUGUCCGAUGUACCACAUUAUGCCUCGGAUACUACAGAAACAUACAUGAUGUCAUUCCUGACAGAAGUGGGCCUGAAAUGGGAGGAGAGGCUACAAUACGGAAGAUGCUGAGUUUCUGGUGGCCUUUGGCAUUAAUUUUGGCAACUCAGCGAAUAAGUAGGCCCAUAGUCAACCUUUUUGUCUCCCGGGACCUAGGUGGCAGUUCUGCAGCCACAGAGGCAGUGGCGAUUCUGACAGCUACGUAUCCUGUGGGACACAUGCCGUACGGCUGGCUAACGGAGAUCAGAGCAGUAUACCCUGCUUUUGACAAGAAUAACCCCAGCAAUAAAUUGGUGAACACCAACAGCACCGUCACAGCAACACAUAUCAAGAAGUUCACUUUCGUUUGCAUGGCAUUGUCCUUAACGCUCUGCUUUGUGAUGUUUUGGACGCCAAAUGUGUCAGAGAAGAUUUUAGUUGACAUAAUUGGAGUAGACUUCGCUUUUGCAGAGCUGUGUGUUGUUCCUUUGCGCAUCUUCUCCUUCUUUCCACUUCCAGUGACUGUCCGAGCACACUUGACUGGUUGGCUGAUGACUCUGAAGAAGACAUUUGUGUUGGCACCCAGCUCAGUGCUGCGGAUUAUCGUCCUCAUCACUAGUCUCAUUGUGCUGCCUUACUUGGGAGUUCAUGGAGCCACUCUUGGAGUAGGAUCCCUUUUAGCUGGUUUUGUAGGAGAAUCCACCAUGGUUGCAAUAGCAGCCUGUUACGUCUAUCGGAAACAGAAAAAGAAGCGGAAUGAGAAUGAAACAGCUACAGAAGGUGAAGACUCUGCAAUGACCGACAUGCCUCACACAGAGGAAAUGACAGACAUCGUAGAAAUGAGAGAAGAGAAUGAAUAAUAAAUGGGAUGCAAUUGUUCUCUGCAGGGACGAUUGGAGUGACACUUCGGCAUCUUGUCGUCUCUCAUACUUUUUUGUUUGUUCGUUUUUAUUUUUGUAAUAAAGAGGCCUUGAUUUAAAAGGUUUCAGAUAAAUUCUCUAGCAUACUGAGUAUGCUCUCACUGAUGAGGGACCUAAAAAGAGGUCUUUGCUUUUUUUUUUUUUUCCCAAUUGAAUUUGUUUUCUCACUCCAUGCAAACAUAAAAGAUACAAUUGCAUCACUGUAGUCUUCCUUACUUAUGCAUCCACCUUCUCUGGACAAUCUGCAUUUGUCAACCAAAGCCCUGCUCUCUGUGCACGUGUGUGCGCGCGUGCAUGUGUGCACGUGCUUGCACGCACGCACACGCACGCGUACCACUGGCUCAGUGCUACUGCCAUAAUCCUACUCCCUCCCCUCUUUCCUUUUCCUUCCUUUUCUUUAUGAGAAAUGUAAAGGAAAAGAAGUUUGGAAUACAGAGCUUUAUUUUACUUGCUUAAAAAUGACUUUGCUACAUGAACUAAUACACUAUGGUGAACUAUAUCUUUUUGUUUGGCCUCAUCUCUAGAGCUUAUACUGCACAGGGUACAAGACAGGGAGGAACGUGUAAGUCUCCACAUACAAAGUGGAGAAAAACACGUUCCUCUCUCAUGUUAAAAAGUGUGUGGAUGUGUAUAUACACACACAGGUACAUAAACAGAGACAUACAUACAUAUAUAUUUAUAUAUAUAUGCAUACGAUAAAUAAAAUACAUACAGGACAAGAACUCUAUUUAGCUUUCAUUCCAUGAGAAAGACAGUAAUCUUUUGAAAAAUGUAAACAUUUAAUUCAGAAUUUUCUUGAAUCCUUAAGCCCCACUUUACGUAUCGUUUUCUUUAG